AUGUCAGGUGUUAUUAGCGAAGAGAGGAUGGGAAUGCUUAGAAAAAUUCAGCAAAUGUGGAAGGAUGAUGUUUUCAAAAGUGACUGGAAUAAGUAUUUUGCGGAAAGAUCAGCACAUAUGUCCAUCAAACGAGUUACAACGUUCAUUAAUGUUUUGUCAUUGAUUGAUCAGAAACGAGAGCACGAUAACCAUCAGCGUGAUACAACCAAGAAGCGAAAGGAUAGGCCAGAAGUGCAAGACGAGUAUGAAACGGAUGAUAGUGACGAAGAAACGUUUAUAUUGACGAAUGAGGUGAAGUUGAAGAUCAUGAGAAUCAAAAUGAUGGUGGAAACGAUGAUAUUGAUAGACACCCGUGCUAAAGUUGAUAAAGAGGCAUUUCGUCAAUUAUUCGAAAAAAUACCAGAAACAGAAAAAUUAAAAUUAAGUUCUGGAUAUACUUUUCAAUUACGUAUUAGAGGGUUGUUCAAUGACGAAGAAUGGAAAGAAAUGACUGAGGAUCGAUUAGGCAUUCCUGAUGUUCCAUUUAAAAUCGACCACUUUUGA